AUGUCCCAACCAAAUCCCUACGAGCGCAUUCAAAUCGACACCAGCGACGAUGACUCCCUCUUCGACACAAAAACCCUCGUGGACUCCAAUCUCUCCUUCGCCUCCUCCGUCCGCGACUACUCCUACGAAAAUGGCCGCCGCUACCACGCCUACCGCCACGGACAAUACCCCUUCCCCAACGACGAAGAAGAACAAGCCCGCCUCGCCCUAAUGCACCACCUCUUCAAACUCCUCUCCGGCGGCGACCUGUACCGUGCCCCAUUCACCCGCACUCACACCCCUCCAACCCGCAUCCUCGACAUCGGCACUGGCACCGCCGAAUGGGCCAUCGAAAUGGCCGAAGACUUCCCCACAACCACCAUCCACGGCACAGACCUCUCCCCAAUCCAACCCUCCUGGGCCCCUCCAAACUGCCGCUUCUUCAUCGACGACGCCGAGUCCGACUGGACUUUUCCCCCCACGGAGCCCUUUGAUUACAUUCACGCGCGGAGUUUGGGCGGGGGCAUCGCUGAUUGGCCGCGGUUAUUGAGGCAGGCGUUUACGCAUCUUAAACCGGGCGGGUGGUUUGAGGCGCAGGAGUUCCAGACGCUCGUGUUGAGCGAUGAUGGGACGCAUGAGAGUGCGACAAGUAUUUUGGAUUGGCAGGAUCAGUUGAAUCGCGCGAGUGAUCAGUUUGGGAAACCCAUGAAUGUGGCUUCCAGGUUGGAGGAGUGGUUGGUGGAUGCGGGGUUUGUGAAUACUCGGGAUGAUAUUUACAAGUGCCCCGUCGGCGGCUGGGCCAAAAACCGCCGUCUCAAAGAAAUCGGGCGCGUCGGCAAAGUGACUAUCCUCGAGGUAGUCGAGCCAUACACACUAGCCCUCUUCACCCGCGUCCUAGGCUUCUCCUACCAAGACGCACAAGAGUACAUGGACAAAGUACGCGCGGAACUAGUCAGCAACAAGUUCCACCUCUACGUGCGAUUCCAUUUCGUGUACGGGCAAAAACCGCUCGGAAUGAACGGUCAUGGCCCGACACAAUGA